ACUAUCAACACCUUGUCAGGACACGAAAAAAUCAACGUAAACGUCUCAAAAUGCCUGCUGAUUAUAACGGCUACUGGAAAAUGAUCUCCAAUGACAACUUUGAAGAGUAUCUCAAAGCACUCGAUGUUAAUGUUGCUAUCAGGAAGAUUGCUGUCUUGUUAAAACCUGAUAAAGACAUCACUCAGAAUGGAGAUCACUUUAUCAUCAAGACUAUCAGCACAUUUAAGAAUUAUGAUAUGGACUUUGCUGUUGGUCAGGAGUUUGAAGAAGACCUUGGUGCAGUUGAUGGAAGGAAAUGUAUGACCACCAUCACCUGGGAUGGAGACAAGCUCGUAUGUGUUCAGAAAGGAGAGAUUGAAGGCAGGGGCUGGACCCACUGGAUUGAUGGAGAUGAACUUCACUUGGAGUUGAGAGCAGCUGGAGUCGUGAGCCAGCAGGUCUUCAAGAAGUCUUAAGCCUACUCUGUAUAGUAGGGCCCCCUACUGGAGAAGACAGAAACAACCCAUCCCUUUAUUCAUCAAUCUGCUUGCUUUUUUGUCCUGAAGUAUUCCAGCAUCCCCAAAAGUGCCCUUGUAGAUAGAAAUGUAAAUAUCCAUCAGCAGACAAUGUUUGUUCUAGAUUGAGCAAUUAAUUUUUUGGUUAUCUUGGAAGCCUGUAAAAUUUAUGUGUGUGGGUUUGGUAUGAUUUAGUGCUUUAUUCACUAAGAUUAGCCUCCUAACUCAGAGCAUUACUGCUGUAUCAAAAUAACCCUCCUAACAUCUGAGGGACUAGCUGGCUAGAGGAGAAAAGAACAUAGGCCUUGACCUGACCGCCAAUCAAGCUCUUUUCCUCUUCUCAGAGGCAAGAGGAGGAUGAGUAGGUGGAAAGAUGAUGUGAUGAGAGUGUAUGUAGCUGGAUUGCUGCAUUUCUUGUAGAAGAUGCUGACCGACUCAAGCAUGUGUGUGCUAUGAGUGUGCUCCUAAUGAA